AUGGCAGCCAGCGAUCCAGGCUCUAUCCGGCCUCAACUGAUUGGCGCGUGGGAGCUCAUUGAAUACUGCGCCUAUCUGCCUCAUGAUGAAUCGAACAAAGUCUAUCCAAUGGGGCAGGAUGCAAAGGGCAUCAUAAUGUAUACACCCGACGGCUACAUGUCGGCACAACUUCAGACGCCGGGACAGAAACCCUUUGGAGAAAGAUCAGGAUCAAAGCAGGGUUCAGAUGCCGACUGGGCGACCGUGGGAAGAAACUACGUCGCAUACACGGGUGCGUUCUAUCUGGAUGAACGCGGCGAUGACAGAGGCCGGCCGAUUUUGAUGCACAACAUGAGAUACUCGAACUUGCCGUAUCUGGUCGGUGAUAUCCAGAGAAGGAUCAUGAACUUUGUCGACGAGAGUGAUGGGAGGUACCUGGUGUUGAGUCUGGACGACCCUCUGAAGAUUGCCGGAGAGGAUCGCAUGAUCAGGGUGAGAUGGAGGAGGCUCCCUUUGAAUCAAACAUCAACGCCGCCAUGA